UUAGGCCUAUAACAUUAGAGGUGUUUAAAAAUAUAAUCAUGGACACCUAUGAUGUCAUUGCGAAUCAGCCUGUUGUGAUUGAUAAUGGAUCAGGUGUUAUCAAAGCAGGGUUCGCAGGAGAUCAAGUUCCAAAAUGUCAUUUUCCAAAUUAUAUUGGUCGACCGAAGCAUAUUCGAGUAAUGGCUGGUGCUCUUGAAGACUCAUUAUUCAUUGGCCCGAAAGCUCAGGAACACAGAGGAUUGCUCAGCAUUAGAUAUCCAAUGGAACAUGGGAUUGUAACAGAUUGGAAUGAUAUGGAGCAUAUAUGGCAAUAUAUUUAUUCAAAAGAUCAGCUUCAAACUUUCCCAGAAGAACAUCCUGUUUUAUUAACAGAAGCUCCAUUAAAUCCUAGAAAAAAUCGUGAUAAAGCAGCAGAAAUGUUUUUUGAGACUUUUAAUGUUCCCGCUUUAUUUGUUUCCAUACAAGCUAUUCUUUCAUUAUAUGCGACUGGUCGAACUACCGGUGUUGUUAUAGAUGCCGGCGAUGGAGUCACACAUGCUGUGCCUAUUUAUGAAGGCUUUGCAAUGCAACACUCAAUGGAAAGAAUUGAUUUGGCUGGCCGUGAUGUCACCAGAUUUCUUAGAAUGUUACUGAGAAAAGAAGGUCACAAUUUCAAAACAACAGCAGAAAAUGAAAUUGUAAAAACAAUCAAGGAGAAGGCAUGCUAUCUUGCACAAAAUCCCCAGAAAGAGGAAACUGCAGAAAUAGAAAAGAAAGCUUAUGUAUUACCUGAUGGAAGCACAAUAGAAAUUGGUACAGCUAAAUUUAGAGCUCCGGAGGUUCUAUUCCAACCAGAUUUAAUUGGCGAGGAAUGCCACGGCUUACACCAAGUUUUAUGUUUCUGUAUUCAAAAAUGUGACAUGGACUUGCGUAGAACAUUGUAUCAAAAUAUUGUGCUAUCAGGAGGCUCAACAUUGUUCAAAGGGUUUGGAGACAGAUUACUGUCAGAAGUCAAGAAGUUGGCACCAAAAGAUAUCAAAAUACGGAUUUCUGCACCACAAGAAAGAUUAUAUUCAACAUGGAUCGGAGGAUCAAUUCUAGCUUCCCUUGACACUUUCAGAAAAAUGUGGGUCAGUAAAAAAGAAUAUGAAGAAGAUGGAAGCAGAGCUGUUGCCAGAAAAUGUUUUGAUUUGAAAUAUAUCCAGUCUCAUGAAAGUGGAGAGAUGAUGCAGUAGGCCGAAGUAAUCAUUACCUAUGUGUCAUUACCUUACUGUUUUAGAAUAUGAAUGUCCAUUAUUACACAUCAAUAAUCCUAGUGAAAUUUAUGCUGAGGUGCCCAAAGUACUAUUUUGCAGUCCUAUCUUGUGCCCACAUCAACAUAUUCUAAAAUUCAACCUCGAAUAAAUUUUGGAUUUCUAUUUUUCCGGAAAAUUUUAAUAAAUGUGUUAGAUUUUUUUCUUCUCAAUUUGACAAAAAGCAAAAUUAAAUUAAGAUUUGAACAAGGAAUUCAAGUCCAAUUCUUUGAAUAUCCCUAUACUCUGGUUUGCAACGUUUAAAUAUACAACUUCGCUUUUUUUUAACUUUAGUACAUUUUGGUUGGUUGGUUUCUUUUUGUUUUGUAUUGAUAGCUAGAUGUCGGAGAAAAUGUUUUGAAGUAAAUUCUAAAUAUGCUUUUGCAACCAUGGUACCAACAGGUGUGACAAAACAUAUUUUCUUAAUUGUAUGUGAAAACAAGUGUAUAUGUUUUAAAACCAUGACUAGACUUUAAAUUACUUAGUCAACAUUUUCUUUUUUGGUCAUUAGUAUUUAUGUAGGGUUGAAUUCAUCUUUUUUCCCCACAUGUUGACGAAUCCAGCUUACAUUAUGAGAUUAUAAUGUUGUAUUAUACUAUGUUAGACGACCUUUCAGUAAAAUGAACUUCACUGUAUAGUGUAAAGUCUACCGCAGUUUCGAUGAAGUUCAAUACCAGACCCUAAAACAAGUCAGGCAUCUAAACAGAGGCACUUGCAUAAAAAACCAAGUAUGUUAUAAAUAGGGCUGUCCAAGCGAAAUGAAUAUUCGAAAUCGAAUCGCAAAUUAUUUGAAUCGUUUUCCGGCUAAUUUGCGAAUCGCUGAAAUGCGGUACAUCAAGCGGGAAAAGCCUCAUUACCUUUGCACGGUGUUUUUCAUCGGGCAAUUGAAACAUAUUUCUCUCGCCUUCAUUUUGCGGUAAAAAGGUGCCUCUCCUAUUGCCCGGUGGUAUGUAAUUAUCCAUUUCAUGCAUGGUCAUAACUGGAAGGUUAUUACCGAUAAUGACGUUUUUGAGAGAGUACACAAGGGGAAAAAGGGAAUUUAGUCUCUGUACAAAAUGCUAGUUCUAUAAAUAGAAUUUUAAGGACUUCUAAAGUUAAUGGAACCGUGAUCUCCUUUUAUAGCUCUGAAAACAUAAUUAUGCAAAAUAUCAGCAGUAAUUUGGAUGUAAAUGCACAUAUGUUAUCACAAUAUCGCAUGGGGAGUUUUUAUUGUACGAUAGAAUUAGGAUUCCGCAAUAAAAUUCUGUUCGAAUCUGAAAAAAUAUUCGAUUCAAAUCAAAAAAAUUUUCGACAGCCCUAGUUAUAAACAUCGGUCAAUACUGUCAGGUUUUAGUUCAUCUUCGAACCAAAGAAUGAACUUUACCAAGGCUCAUCACUUGCAGCUUGAUGUACCAAAAAUACCAAACCGAUUCAGGAAAAAUAUUCGAUUUGAAUCAAAAAAAUGUUCGAUUUUCGACAGCCCUAGUUAUAAACAUCGGUCAAUACUGUCAGGUUUUAAUUCAAUAUCGAACCAAAGAACGAACUUUACCAAGGCUCAUCACAUGCAGCGUGAUGUAUCAAAAAUACCGCAACCCUAAUAAUUCAUAGAACUGAUGAGUCAAAUUUGAACUAAUUGCUACUAAUUUUACCAGUGGUAUCCAAUUAAAAAAAAAACUGUUAAUUUGAAGUUGAGUAGAAUAUUUGGGAAAAGUGAGAACACACCUAUUAUAUUGGUCAGAUUCAUAAUGUGGACAUUUCAUUCAUGUUUCCUUCCAAUUCAUUUUUCUUGAAGUUUAUAUUGUCAACUUUUUUAACCAGACCAGAGAAUUUUUCAGCAAAAAAUUGAGACAUUAGGCAGCUCAAUUUGCUACUGAAUCUUUUUGUGUAUUUGGAAUGACAGUGACCAGUCUAGGUUUAAAAUCUCAUGUCUUUGCACUGCACUUACUAAAGAUCAGAUUAUGUUCAAACAUAUUGUUCCAUAUUUUUCUUUGUCAUACUAAUCUUCAUUUUAACACAUUUAUUCAAUUAGCUAUUCUCUUUGAAGUUUCAAUGGAUAUGUGAAUUCUAAUUUGGUGAUUUCUUGGUCUAGUUAGUAUGUCACAAUAUGUUAUUGCUAAAUUGUGUAUGAAUGAAUUGCAUGAAGUAACGUAACUAUGAAGUAUAUUAUAUUUAUUUGUUUAUGAAAGUACCAUGACUAAAAUUGUCCAAAUAUGAAA